AUGGCCCAAUAUCCUGUCCCGAACUCGACGCUCUCAUUCUGGAGAACCGAGCUUCACGACUUCGACAAUCACAGGACGACUGAGCAGCUUCCAGCCGAAGUCGACAUUGUCAUAAUCGGAGCUGGAUUUGCUGGAGCUUCGAUAGCAUAUCAUCUGCUUGAGAAGAGUAAAGAAUCAGGCAAAAAUGUAUCGAUGGCCAUUCUUGAAGCAAGAGAGGCAUGUUCUGGUGCCACAGGACGAAAUGGUGGCCACCUCAAACCAGAUCCGUACUAUCGGGCAGCAGGUGCGCUUCGGAAAUACGGCAGAGAUGCUGCCGAAGAAGUAUCUUCGUUCGAGCAAAGACAUGUCAAAGCCAUCAAAGAAUUGGUCGAGAAGGAGAACAUCGAUUGUGAUUUCGUCGUCACCCGAGCUACUGACGUAUGUCUGUACGAGGACAUUCGAAAAGAGCUCAAAUCUGGUCUAGAGGCACUCACAGCAGCCAAGAUAUCGAGUGCAGCGGAAGUUCAUUACAGUGAUGGAAGAACAGCUGAAGGCAUCUCCGGAGUCAAGGGCGCCAAAGGCUGUUUCACCUACACAGCAGGCCACGUCUGGCCUUACAAGCUGGUUCUUUCCCUGCUUUCGAAGGUCGUAUCCCGAGGUGUCAAUCUUCAGACUCACACGCCUGUGAAGUCUGCAAGGUCAAUAAAAGACCAGCGGCGUCCCUGGUCAGUUGAAACAGAUCGCGGGUCUGUCAAAGCGUCCAAAGUCAUCUACGCAACUAAUGCGUACACGUCAACCCUCCUACCAGACUUCAAAAAGAAGAUCAUUCCUGUGCGCGGAAUAUGUAGCCGCAUUGUACCAACCAAGACUCAUGCACCAUUCCUAUCAAACAGCUAUAUCUUGCGCUUGAGUCCAAUGGAAUACGACUACCUCAUCCCGCGUAGCGAUGGGAGCAUAGUCGUUGGCGGAGGGCGUAGGGAUUUCUUCCGCGAUCUGGACCAAUGGUAUGACAACAUCGACGACUCCAAGCUGAUCGAGCCCGCCAAGAACUACUUCGACGGGUACAUGCAGAGACAUUUCCGAGGUUGGGAGGAUAGCGGCGCCUAUACAGACAAGGUCUGGAGUGGAAUCAUGGGAUAUUCGAGCGAUGGCUUUCCACAUGUCGGCGAAGUUCCUGGAAAGCCGGGCGCAUACGUCUGUGCUGGUUUCUCCGGACAUGGCAUGCCGCAGAUCUUCUUGUCAGGUAAAGCGAUUGCUGAAAUGGUGCUUGAUGAUAAGAAGGCGGAGGAGGUGGAUCUUCCUAGGUUGUACAGAGCAUCCCAGGCCAGGCUGGAUGCGAAGGGCGAUGUAACGCUUGAUGCAUGGACAGCACUGUCUGGAAGUAGCGCACAGGCCAAGUUGUAGCCUAGGGAACUGACGGCCAGGACCUUGAGCAGCUGAAAAUGUAAUUUGCCAUCAGUCAUG